AUGGCAACCACAGCGCUGACCGGGUUCUCCAUGAUGAGCCUGCUCAGCCUCGGGUACCUCACCUGGGACCUGAUGAGUCCGAACCAGGUGGAAAACGAGCCCGAUCACACUUUUGCUGACAGCUCCCCCGUCCCUCAGCCUCCUCAUAUCAUUUUCAUCAUGACUGACGACCAGGGGUUCAACGACAUCGGCUACCACAGCUCUGACAUCAGGACCCCGGCGCUGGAUAAACUGGCGGCUGACGGAGUGAAGCUGGAGAAUUACUACAUCCAGCCCAUCUGCACCCCGUCCCGCAGCCAGCUCAUCACCGGCAGGUACCAAAUUCACACUGGCCUGCAGCACUCCAUCAUCCGACCUCGCCAACCCAACUGCCUGCCCUUUGACCAGGUCACCCUCCCCCAGAGACUGCAGGAGCUCGGCUACUCUACCCACAUGGUUGGCAAGUGGCACCUGGGUUUCUACAAGAAGGAGUGCCUGCCCACUCGCCGUGGCUUUGACACAUACUUUGGCUCCUUAACGGGCAGCGUGAACUACUACACCUACGACUCCUGCGACGGCCCCGGGCACUGCGGUUUCGACCUCCAUGAGGGGGAGUCGGUUGCCUGGGGUCAGAGGGGUAAAUACUCUACUCAUCUCUACACACAAAGAGUUCGCAAAAUCCUGGCAACCCACGAUCCUCAGUCUCAGCCGCUGUUCAUCUUCCUCUCCUUCCAAGCUGUUCACACGCCGCUGCAGUCUCCGCGGGAGUACAUCUACCCGUACCGAGGGCUGGAAAAUGUAGCACGCAGGAAAUAUGCUGCUAUGGUCUCAGCUGUAGAUGAGGCCGUACGUAAUAUAACAUACGCUCUUCGAAAGUAUGAUUACUACCAGAACAGUGUCAUCAUCUUCUCCACUGACAAUGGUGGCCAGCCGCUGUCUGGCGGCAGUAACUGGCCACUCAGAGGACGUAAAGGCACCUACUGGGAAGGCGGCAUCCGGGGUCUGGGCUUUGUGCACAGCCCUCUGCUGAGGAAGAAGAGGAGGGUGAGUAAAGCCCUGGUGCACAUCACUGACUGGUACCCCACACUGGUGGGAAUAGCAGGUGGCAACGAGUCCCUGACAGAGGGUGUGGAUGGGUAUAAUGUUUGGGAAGCCAUCAGUGAGGGAAAAGAGUCGCCCAGGUUGGAGAUCCUGCACAACAUUGACCCUCUGUAUAAUCAUGCACGCAGUGGCUCCCUGCAGAAAGGAUAUGGGAUUUGGAAUACGGCUGUUCAGGCCUCCAUACGAGCCGGAGAUUGGAAACUCCUCACAGGAGACCCCGGCUACGGAGACUGGACGCCGCCACAGAUGCUUCCAGGUUUUCCCAGCAGCUGGUGGAACAUGGAGCGCCACACUGAACCUCGGAAAUCUGUGUGGCUUUUCAACAUCUCCGGAGACCCGUACGAACGCUUUGACCUCGCCGAGCAGAGACCAGAUGUUGUCAAAGAGCUGCUGGCUAGACUGGUGUACUACAAUCGCACUGCGGUGCCAGUAAGGUACCCAUCAGAGGACCUACGGGCUGACCCCCACCUCAAUGGAGGUGCCUGGGUGCCCUGGGUAGGAGAUGAGGAGGAGGACAGCUGGGACAGUGUCUACCAGAAAAAGAACAAGGACUGGAAGAAGAAGCUGAAACUGUCAAAAAGCAGGUCGUUUUUUAGGAGACUCAACACUAGGAUCAUGUCCAACAGGAUAUAGACUGAAAAAGGUUCAGAGGAGACACUAAAGAUGGAGAUGAUGAGAAGGACAACGCCGCUUGUUGGUGUGUUUCUGUGUUUGUUGAACAAGGAACUAAUCUUCUGCAAGACCCAGUUGCAGUUACUGAGUUGUAGCUGCAGGUGUCUGAUCAUUCUCUGUAGAAGAUCUGAUUGAUGAAAAAAUACACUGAACAUAUUAAUUGUUCAACUGAUUUGUAUCUAUUUUUAAUAAAAACUGUGUGUGUCCCCAAAUUCAAUAUUCUGUAAUGGAAGUGUGAGCAAAAAGAGAGACAUCCAAGAUUUUAUUAAAUCAGAAUCGCUGCAUUUGACAUGGAUGAGAAGAAAAAAAUCAUCUGCAUACAUUUGUAACUAUAAUCAAUAUAAAUGAUGACUACCUCUUGUGACAGUGGCAAACUUAAUUUCUUUCACAACCUCUCCUUUCCAAUAUCCUCUACUUAUUGAUUCAUACAUUUUCAAAUAAAACAACAAUAGGUUUUCUUUUUUACCUGUUAUAAAAGCAUUGUGAUAGAAUCUUUAAUUUCAACCCUCAUCCAAUUUUCAAUUGUUUUUUUCAUUUGUCAUUAUUCAGUAGCAGAGGGUUUUCUUCUGCUUCCAUUAACUUUGUUGUAAACAUUUUUUUUUUAAUUAAAAUGGUCUUUUAAUUGUCUGAACAUGA